AUGGAGACACCUUCACAUGGAGACAGCCUUUUGACGGCUCUAGUGGCCGGCUGUUCGUCAGCAGGUUUUGCAGCAUUUGUCACUUUCCCGCUUGAUUUCUUCAAAACAAUGCACCAGUUGGAUAACUCUGCGCAAUUGAAGAAGUUCAAUGCGCCUGGCUUCCAGCCGUCGGCAAUCAACCAUAUCAUGAAAGGUAGCAGUGCUUUGGUGACGGGGAAUGUCAUGAAAAACUUCACCCGUCUCUUGCUGUACAAUUGGGCUUCGAAUUUCAUGGCCAUGGAGUCAAGAAACGAUACCAAGAGGACUAGUGCUCCCCGUGUGGUCAUUGCCGGUGCCAUGAGUGCUACGAUGGAAACUGUGUUGAUUAUUCCAACAGAAAGAAUCAAGAUCACAAUGAUCCAGAACCAGAUCUUGGCCAAUGAGAUUGCCCACUUCCCAGAAAAGAACAUAGACAUCACUGGUGUUGAAAAGCAGCAUCAUAAACUGGUCCAGAGCAUCUUCUCCAGACAAUAUGUCUCUCCACACGCCUACUACACCACUGGUCUUCUUUCACAGCUCAAGUCUGGUAAAAGCGGUCAGAAAUUCCUGUCAGCACAUGCUGUUAGAUCACCAUCUGCUCUUGACGCUCUCAAAACAGAGUUUAACAAGACUCCAGCAUUGACCCUUCUAAGCACUAUUCGUCAAAUGUAUGCCCUUCAAGGCAUUCAGGGCUUCUUUUCAGGUACAUUCAUCACAUUUGCUCGUCAGAUCGGUUCGUCAGCAGCCUGGUUCUCGACAUACAAUGCUACCAGACAAUUAAUAGACCCACACAACAAGCAAUCGGAUGAGCAAAACUGGUUCAAGUUCCAGCACUCUGCCUGGCAGCUGAUAGGUCUCCAUUGUAUAUCUGCAGCUGCGGUUAUUGCUCUUACCCAGCCUCUUGAUGUUAUCAAGACUAACAUUCAAUCGAAGAACGGCAGCAUGCUUUACAAGGACUCGCUUUCCACCGCUUACAAGUUGGUGCUUAGAAAGGGCUUCAAAAGUUUGUUUUCGGGUGCCGUUCCUCGUGGUAUAAAAAUUGGUAUCAAUGGAAGUAUCACCGCUUUCUUCUAUGGCUGGAUUGACAAUGGCAUCACCACACUUGCUACGAAAACGGUGUUUACCGAUUAG